AUGGCCACCACAACUGUCAGCAACGCCGGCGAAGACUGGUUACGAAUUCAGCAGCUCAUCUUCGAAAAUGAUGGUUUUCUGAAAAUGCUCUCCAGCAAGGGCCUCUCCUUAUUCCUGAUCGGGGUCGACCUGUUCGACAUUCUCGACGGAGAAAACCGACCCGAGUUCCAUCUGCUCCUUACGCUUGCACACGCGGAGAAGGCAAUGACGGAGCAAUUCCCGAACGGAUUGGCGACCGACCCGGAGUUGAUCACCUCGCUCAAGACUUCUUUCAGAAACGGCAAUGAGCUUGACGAGACGAGCUCGGUGUUGAAGAUCAAGGCGGCUGAGACCACGAUCCACUUGUACCUGCACAGUCUUCUUCAUCCCGGCGCCGUCGAAGGAGAGAUGCGCGCUUCUUCAGACGUUUUUGUCGCAAACAAAGGGGACGAGACAGUGACCGCUUUCCUGUCCACAAAUGACUUCACGAAGCCUGCCGACCUGUUGGACUUCUGCUGGGCGAAGAAAGAGGCCGGCCAGAAAGAUGGAAAGUCUCAAGCCGACGGGCUCGUCGUCAGUCUACCAGAGGGUACCUGCCCUGACCGCAACAGAACGUUCAUCAGGAAGUAG